CAUAGCUGCUGCCAGGCCCCUAAUCUGCCAUGGGCCCCCUGUACCACCUCGCCUGUCUGCUGUCUCCAUACCGCCACACUCUGCCAUGUGCCACUUUCAGGUCUCCUCACACACUGCUUGUUGUGUUCCAUUUUUUGUCAUAGGGUGCCUGGCAGAUUACGGGCCUCCCAUAGCUGCUGCAGGCCCCUAAUCUGCCAUGGGCCCCUGUACCGCCUCCUCAUGCUGCUGUCCCAGCGUCCAGAGUCUCUCAUAGGGUCCCUGUACGGCCUCCCAUUGCUGCCAUCAGCCUCCAUCGCCACAACUCUGCCAAUGUGCCACUUUCCGGUCUCCUCACAUAACUGCUGGUGUGUU